GGCCGCCCAGUCACUGACGUCCAUCCUGACUAGCAACCAGGCGACCUUGGGCUUCAAAUAUCACCAUCCUCGCGCCCAGCAACGAUGCCUUCACCAGGAUGAUGCAAACCAUGCCCGGCGCAGCCCAGGUGUCCCAGAACGCCACAGCCCUGACUGCGCUUUUGCAAUACCACGUGGUGAACGGCAUGUUCCAAUCCAGCACUUUCUUAACCACCCCCCUCGUCGCCUCUACCCUCCUCACUGCCACUCCAAACAACCCAAACACCAGCGGCACUGCCCAAACUCUCCAACUCACCAAAUCCCUCGUGCUCUCAGGCUUCAAACAACCCAGCACCCUAACCCAACUCGACAUCCCCUUCACGGGCGGCAUAAUGCACAUCCUCAAUACGGUGCUCACCCCUCCCGCCCCACCCUCCAUCACCGCCCUGGACACGGGGCUCACCUCGCUAGCGGGCGCUCUCGUCCAGACCAACAUGGCCGGCGGUGUCGACGCGCUGCCUGCGGGGGUAACUAUUUUCGCGCCGUCCAACGGCGCCUUCGAGGCCGUGGGCGCGGUGGUGCAGGGCGCGAGUAGGGAGCUUUUGGGCAAUGUUUUGGAGUACCAUGUGCUUUCUUCUUCUGUUACAAAUGGUGGGGCGUUAUUCAGCAAAGAUCUGAAGGAUAUGGCGGAGCGGAAUGGGGGAUCGGUGAGCUUGCGGACAUUACAGGGUGGGACGGUGACGGUUAGGUCCGAGGAGGGGAAGUUGUUUGUGAAUAGCGCCCGGGUGACGAAUGGAGAUAUCAUUACCAGCAAUGGGGUUAUUCACGUCAUCGACAAUGUCAUGAACCCUCUCGCGACAACCGCCAAACCCGUAGCCGCCCAAGCGACGCAAUCCCCCGUAUUCGCCGGCGCCAGCUCCCAGAAUCAAGCACCCUUUACGUCGGGCCUCACGCCCACCACAACGCUAGUCCCGGCCACCCUGGACGUCGGAGGAGGAGGUUACGCGGCGUUGCCAACGGCGGCGUUGAUGGGCGUUGCUGGUGCAGCGGCUGUGAUUGCGAAUCUGUAGACAGGCUGAACGAAGUCUGCACGAGUUCGUUGUGAGCAGGAGAUAGAAAAUGGUUCAAUGAGAUAUGUUCAAUUAAUGGAACCCUAGCCGACCACUUGUGGGAAGCAUUCAGGGG